GUGGAGCGGAGCCCUCAGCUGAGGGAGCGCUCUGAAAUAAUACACCAUUGCAGCCGGGGAAAGCAGAGCGGCGCAAAAGAGCUCUCGCCGGGUCCGCCUGCUCCCUCUCCGCUUCGCUCCUCUUCUCUCCUCUCCUCUCUCCCCUCUUCUACUCUCUUCUCUUCUCUUCUCUCUUCUCCUAGUCUCCUCUCUCCUCCUCUCGCGUCUUCUCUUCCUCUCUCUCCUCUCUUCUUGUCUUCCCUCCUCUCCUCUCCCUGCCCACCCGCUCCUCUCUCUCCCCUCAUUCUCCCCGUCGGCCCGCUCGCGCGCUCCCGCACGGACUCACCGUCCCUUGUCCAAUUAUCAUAUUCAUCACCCGCAAGAUCUCACCGUGCGUGUGCGCGCGCGUGUUUUCCUCUCUCCGCCUGCAAAAAAGGCUCGGUCCCACUGCUCUCUGCACCGAGAGAAAAUGGUGUUCUUUAAAUGAAUCAUAAUAAAAUAGUGUCUAAACAGUUUCUAAGCAGAAGCCUCAGUGGAACUCAGCGCUCCGCCUCUCCCAGUUCCUACGAGGUCCCAGGAUUCUUGAGCUGUGCCCAGCUGACGAGCUUUUCAAGAUGGCACAAUAACUGUCCAGUGAUGCCUGACCAUGACAGCACAGCCCUCUUAAGCCGGCAAACCAAGAGGAGAAGAGUUGACAUUGGAGUGAAAAGGACGGUAGGGACAGCAUCUGCAUUUUUUGCUAAGGCAAGAGCGACGUUUUUUAGUGCCAUGAAUCCCCAAGGUUCCGAGCAGGAUGUUGAGUAUUCAGUGGUGCAGCAUGCAGAUGGGGAAAAGUCAAAUGUACUCCGCAAGCUGCUGAAGAGGGCGAACUCAUAUGAAGAUGCCAUGAUGCCUUUUCCAGGAGCAACCAUAAUUUCCCAGCUGUUGAAAAAUAACAUGAACAAAAAUGGUGGCACGGAGCCCAGUUUCCAAGCCAGCGGUCUCUCUAGUACAGGCUCCGAAGUACAUCAGGAGGAUAUAUGCAGCAACUCUUCAAGAGACAGCCCCCCAGAGUGUCUUUCCCCUUUUGGCAGGCCUACUAUGAGCCAGUUUGAUAUGGAUCGCUUAUGUGACGAGCACCUGAGAGCAAAGCGCGCCCGGGUUGAGAAUAUAAUCCGGGGUAUGAGCCAUUCCCCCAGUGUGGCAUUACGGGGCAAUGAAAAUGAAAGAGAUAUGGCCCCGCAGUCUGUGAGUCCCCGAGAAAGUUACCGAGAAAACAAACGCAAGCAGAAGCUGCCCCAGCAGCAGCAACAGAGUUUCCAGCAGCUGGUUUCAGCCCGCAAAGAACAGAAGCGAGAGGAGCGCCGACAGCUGAAACAGCAGCUGGAGGACAUGCAGAAACAGCUGCGCCAGCUGCAGGAAAAGUUCUACCAGAUCUAUGACAGCACUGAUUCUGAAAAUGAUGAAGAUGGUAACCUGUCUGAAGACAGCAUGCGCUCGGAGAUCCUGGAUGCCAGGGCCCAGGACUCCGUGGGGAGGUCAGACAAUGAGAUGUGCGAGCUGGACCCGGGGCAGUUCAUCGACCGAGCCCGGGCCCUGAUCCGGGAGCAGGAAAUGGCCGAAAACAAGCCGAAGCGAGAAGGCAACAACAAAGAAAGAGACCACGGGCCAAACUCCUUACAACCCGAAGGCAAACAUUUGGCCGAGACCUUGAAACAAGAACUGAACACUGCCAUGUCGCAAGUUGUGGACACUGUGGUCAAAGUCUUCUCCGCCAAACCCUCUCGCCAGGUUCCUCAGGUCUUUCCGCCGCUCCAGAUCCCCCAGGCCAGAUUUGCAGUCAACGGGGAGAACCACAAUUUCCACACCGCCAACCAGCGCCUGCAGUGCUUUGGCGAUGUCAUCAUUCCGAACCCCCUGGACACCUUUGGCAAUGUGCAGAUGCCCAGUUCCACAGACCAGACAGAAGCACUGCCCCUGGUGGUCCGCAAAAACUCAUCUGACCAGUCUGCCUCCGGCCCCCCUGCCGGCGGUCACCACCAGCCCCUGCACCAGUCGCCUCUGUCGGCCACCGCAGGCUUUACCACGUCCACCUUCCGCCACCCCUUUCCCCUCCCCUUGAUGGCCUACCCGUUUCAGAGUCCAUUAGGUGCUCCCUCCGGCUCCUUCUCGGGAAAAGACAGAGCCUCUCCUGAAUCCUUAGACUUAACUAGGGAGACCACGAGUCUGAGGACCAAGAUGUCAUCCCACCACCUGAGCCACCAUCCUUGUUCACCAGCACAUCCACCCAGCACCGCAGAAGGGCUCUCCUUGUCUCUCAUCAAAUCCGAGUGUGGCGAUCUUCAAGACAUGUCCGAAAUCUCACCUUAUUCGGGAAGUGCAAUGCAGGAAGGAUUGUCACCCAAUCACUUGAAAAAAGCAAAGCUCAUGUUCUUUUACACCCGUUAUCCCAGCUCCAACAUGCUGAAAACCUACUUCUCUGAUGUAAAGUUCAACAGAUGCAUUACCUCUCAGCUCAUCAAGUGGUUUAGCAAUUUCCGUGAGUUUUACUACAUUCAGAUGGAGAAGUACGCGCGUCAAGCCAUCAACGAUGGGGUCACCAGUACCGAAGAGCUGUCUAUAACCAGAGACUGUGAGCUGUACAGGGCUCUGAACAUGCACUACAAUAAAGCAAAUGACUUUGAGGUUCCAGAGAGAUUCCUGGAAGUUGCGCAGAUCACAUUACGGGAGUUUUUCAAUGCCAUUAUCGCAGGCAAAGAUGUUGAUCCUUCCUGGAAGAAGGCUAUAUACAAGGUCAUCUGCAAGCUGGAUAGUGAAGUCCCUGAGAUUUUCAAAUCCCCAAACUGCCUACAAGAGCUGCUUCAUGAGUAGAAAUUUCAACAACUCUAUUCGAAUGUAUGAAUAGUAGCAGUCCCCUUUGGAUGUCCAAGUUAUCCGUGUCUAGAUUUUGAUUUCAUAUAUAUGUGUAUGGGAGGCAUGGAUGUGUUACAAAAUCAGCUGGUAAUCCCUCCUCAUCAUCUUUCUCUCAUUUUCUUCUGUUUUCCAUUGCAAGGGGAUGGUUCUUUUCCUUCCGCCUUUAGUUUACUUUUGCCCAAGGCCCUUAACAUUUGGAGACUUAAAAUAGGGUUAAUUUUCAGGGAAAAAGAAUGUUGACGUGUGUAAAGUCUAUAUGAGCAAGGAAGGGCAUUUUUAAAAGAUGCUUCUGCUGGAUUGAUGGUUUAUUGCGCAUGGCGGUUGGCAGAGGGAGACCCGUGACACAGCACUACUCUGUAGUCAGUGAUGUGUCUCUUGUUUUUACUGCUGAGAAGGUCAGAAAACUCAAUGGAACCACUUGAUAAACUUAAAUAUUUUGUUUGGUUUGAACUCAGUAAGUCGCUUUUUAUUACACAUUUAAAAAUAAUGCCAGUGGCAGAUGAACAACUCACUUUUCACAAGUAUCCCAAAAGGUCAAAUUUUAAAAAGAACAUAAUCACUAACCGUCAAGUCUUUCCUAAGAGAAAUGGCAAACGCCACAAGCUAGUACCAUUUUCUUUGGAGGCAAAGCAGUUUUGUACAAAACUGACUCUUUCAAAAUGAGACUGGAAAUUCAUGUGAUUUCUAGUCACCUCUCGAAAUUUUGCAGUAGGUUCUUCUUGGAAAUAAGUAUCUAUCGUUCUUCAUACAGAAAAACCCCUAUAACGUGUUAUCAUUUUCUAUUUAUCUUGCUUCAGAUACUAAAAGGCACAUAAGUUUCAAAUUUAUUCUUUGCUCAACUUUGUUUAUGUGGUUUAAAAGCAUUAUCAUUUCUGUUUAAUAUUUAACACUUCUUUUUUCAAAAAACACUAUUUUCUAAAUUCCUUUCUAUGGUAAGGAAUAAAGGACAUCCCAACUUGACCAUAAAAUUCCUGCCUACACUAGAAGUUUGUUAACAGCUGCUAGCUGACUCGAUCUUCCCCUCCUGAGAGGAGUACAUAUGAGAAUGACCUAUUUUCCUAUACAUUUCCACUCUACCCUGAUGGAUAUUCAAAGUGGUGACGGUCUAAUUUUUAAGUGUUUCUUCAUUUUAGGUACAGCGUUUUAAAGAAAUUGAUACAGUCUCUUCUAAUUCAGAAGCUAGUAAUUGACCAAAACGUGAAGAGUGUAUAGAAUAGGAGAGUUUGGGAGUUAACCCAAAAGACACAAUUUCAGCACACAUAAGAAAGCUAGCUGCUAUUUCAUGCUUUCUUCAAUGGUUCUCCUCUUUUUUCUUUUUUUUUUUUCCAGUUUUUCAAAGGUGUACAAAGUCCCGUACUUGCUUUUAAAAAGCCGUGUGGCGUUCACACUUGUUUUCUUAGAUGGGUUUUGUGUGCAGAUGCAGUAAGAAUUCCUUUUUUAUUCUAAUAGUGUUUUCCAGAACCCUCCCUCCCCUUUGGUAACUUGAUCUACAUCUCCUAAAGUGACAAAGUAAAAAAAAAAAAAACAAAAAAAAAACUGGUAUUUAGAUCGUGUACAACAUAAAUAUCGUUUUUUCCUUGAUUUUUAUAAAAAUUACAUUUGACUUUGGAGACUGCAGGUUGACCCAUGUAACUAGGUGACCCAAUCGCUGUAAUUUAACAUCAUUUAUAAAUUCUGCUGAUGGACAGGAAUGUAUGAAGGCAAUUAUUGUCAGCACAAAGCCUUAAAACCUGCUGACUUUAAGUUAAACGGCGCGGUCCUGUGAUGCCUGCGUCAUUCAGGAGACGUGGCCUCUUGCGGUGUGGACAGAGUGCAGUGGCCCGGGCUGGAACACCCUGGGCCUCACUCUGCACCCACAGCCAAACACAUCGCCCAGCUCGCAGGCUCCUACACAGAGCCAUGAGAGCCAAUUUGUUCUUGUUCUGGCUUGUUUGGAAAAAAAAAAAGUGUUUGGAUAAUCAUCACCUUGGAAUAAAAUGAAACCCCCCCCCCAAAAAAAAAAUCCAAUCAGCACAAAGUAGGGAAGCAAUCUCAACUUGUGGUCACACUCUUUCGCCUUGCUUCACGCCCAAGAGUAUGACAUUCAUUGUUCACAUCAGCACAGAACUGGGUCUUUGCUGUUCCCGUGUAAUUCACAUCACCAUUGUGUUGCCAUUUGCAAGGUAAAAGGCAAAACCGUAAUGUCUUCACCUAUAAAGAUAGAUUGCUAGUAUCUUCCUGACCUGGGGCAAAUUCAGUGUUGAUUCCUGACGUAUUUGAAUUUUUAGUAUUAUUCUCCCCUGCCUUUCUAAUUGAAAUAGACAAAUUAAGCAAAAACGUGUGUUCACAACCAAAUGUUGAUGCACUUAUCUACAAUAAUAUCCUCUCAAUGUUCACUGAGGCAUAGAAAUUGUUUCAGAGUAGAAAUUGCAGCGUGAGGAGAAACUCAGCUCAUUGUCCUGGAAACAGAACUCAAUCGUUUUGCUUUUAGGUGAUUCUUUUCUCUUUCACCAUCAUAAAAUCUUGUGCCUCCCAGUGCAUUGGAAAAUGACAAAAGCCUAUCUCUCAAAACUCCUAUUUAACAAGUGUUCUUUAAAACACCAUCUUUCCAAUCUUAGCUCAACUCUCACCAAGUAAAAAUUGGCGACUUGGGAGAAAGUUCACUUUCUCUGGUGGGAGGGUGAAGGACUAGGGACAGUUUACAUAGGGAAACAAAGUCUAAAGUCCAUGUUGAAAUACCACAUUUCCACUUAUUUUCUGCUAACCCUAAAUUAUUUUUGCAUCUACACUUGAGGUUAUAGUCUGUGCCUAGACCUAAAUGCACCAGCGGGGGGAUUUUUAAAAAUCCUUCAAAAUUCCAGUUUUUUCCCACAAGUACAAUUGUUCUUGUGCCUUCUGUGGCUUUCGAUUUCAUCUUUUUGACUUUAUUUCCAAUUACUACAGCUGCAAUAAACACUAGAUUUUUUUUCUGGCUGUUUGACAUAACGUUGAUAGCUAUGCAUAUUUUGUGUCUUUUUAAAACAAAGCAGGAGAAUACGUUUUUGAAGAAGAGAAUUUUUAGAACAGUUUGAUACCGCAAAUUAUUUUUUCCUCAAUUGUUUGAGCAGCAUUCGAGUUUUGAAAAUUCUUGUAGAAGCCAAUUUUUUGUAACUGUGGUGCAAAUCUUGUGUUUUCUUAGCCUAAUGAAAAGUAGUAUAGAAGCAAUAUUUCAUACCAUGUGCUAUAUAUGUGUGUGCAGAUGUGUGAACAUAAAAACACAUACACACAUAUACACACAUGUAAAAAUAUACAUAUAUAUAUGCGUGUGAAGUGGAAAGCUUACCUUUUCCUAUCUAGAUUUAAGGACCUAUUUUAGGCAUUUGUUAUGUUUUGUGAAAAGAAUGUUCUAUUUGCAACAACAAAACAUUUAAUUCUUACUGUAUCUCUGGCUGUUUAAUGAGGACAUUUCACUUUAAAUGGUAAAACAACGUGGAAGAUGGUAGAAUGUAGUCAUUAUUUAAGGAAAUGUUCACCCACAUAUUCCUGAAGUUUGCUUUGUGCCUCCAAGUAUUAUUUCAUUAAAGUGUUUUAUGUUUGCAGAAUCUUUGUUGCUGUGCUAGGGAUGUGGGUGAAUAUCAUUUUAAAAAAUUUUAAAAACAACAAAAAAAAGCAAAACAAAAACAC